GUAAGAGUCGCACAGGUUAUCUGUGGAGAUAGACGUUUUCAAAAGGCGCGGAUAUUUCAAUCUUCUAAACUUUGGAGUAGGUUAUUAGAGUGGGAAUUGUGUUUCAGGUCUGUCUUGCACUAGCAUCGACUGAGGAUGACGUCCGGUUGAUAUGUUGGACUUGUUGGAUAUCUGCGCAGAGAUGCCCCAUGUCUUAAUGAGAUUACUCAUCUUCGGUGCUCUAUCUUCAAUCCUCCACAUCACAAAUGGACAAAAAGAACAUCAUCAAAUAUACCAAGGAUCACACAUCAGUCAGGUGACGAAUGGUUUCAUCGAGUCUCCGUCGUUCCCCUCCAAAUAUAGGAUUAAUAACGACCGCUAUAUUUAUAUGAUAGAAAACACAAACUCGCAGGGCUUCGUUCAGCUGAUGUUUGAUGACCUUCAUAUACAUGCACUCAGUUAUAUAGAGGUUUAUGAUGAUAAAACUUUACUUGCGAGUCGACUGCUGGGAAAAGUCAAUGGUGGCGCAGACUAUGCACAAAGAGUGGCGUUUGCCUCCAGGGGGCGUGUUCUGGGGGUCGUGUUCGGUACAGGCUGCUGUGAUGAAUCAAAUACAUACUAUAAUGGAUUUAGGGCGGAAUACAGAUUCGUCUCUUAUCCCCCGAAUGCUUGGUUGGAGAAGCCAGUCACAGAAUGUCCGCGAUUAAAAUCACAGGGCGGCUUCAUCCUCCUCCAAAAUCUAGCUCAGGACAGCGAGUAUUACGAUUGUUUAUGGGUGCUGAGACCGCCCCCUGGAGCCCAGGCUUAUGCCAAGGUUGAAAUAGUACAGCAUAAUAAAUUCCGUGCCGCCAAGAGUGUCAUAGAUAUCCGGGGUGGUGAGACGUCGGUGACCGACCUCCUUGGUACGUUGACAGACAGCGCCAGCCUCAAGACGCAGAACACCAAUGGCUACACAUCAAAGUCAGGUCUCUAUAUUCGCUUGAAAGGAAAGUUUCAUUAUGGUUCAAAAGUUGUCGUGGCGUAUGGGACUUUCUUUAGCUCGAAACACGGAUGUGCUGUCAAGUCGAUGCGGGACCAUAAAUAUUUCUGUAUGAAGACCCACCGGUGUAUAUACGAUGAGUUAGUCUGUGAUUCUCACGAUCACUGCGGGGACGGCCAGGACGAAAAGCUCGUUAACGGCUUGUGUAAAGGUAAUUAUACAUCACGCGAUCUCUACACGACAUGUCCCACAGUGAUGAAGACAUGCCCAGAUGGGAAAUGUAUCUUACUGGAGGAAUCCUGCAGUGAUGAAUGUGAGAACGAGGACGAUUUCCGAUGUCACAAUGAACAGUGCGUCUCCGGUGACCUUGAGUGCGAUGGGUCCGACGACUGCGGGGACGGUUCUGAUGAGCUUUACUGCUUGGCGAAUGUCUACGGAGAGAGUUAUUACCAGCAAAUGCGGACGGCGGUUAUCGUCACAGCUGUCGUCUCUAUCAUUGUCUUCACCGUCAUCACCAUCGUUGUUUGUCUUAAAAAUCCAAAGAAUUGUUUUACUAAAGGGUGUCGGCGAGAAUCACCAGACCAAGAGCAACCAGAGGCCCAGCCAGACGAACAGACGCAGCUCAACACAUUCCCUCCUACCGCCGAGGUUCACCCUACGGUGGCGCCGCUCAUUGAGAAUAGCAAUAACAUCAUCACGAUAUGUCCGGAGGUGACGGACGGAUAUCCGCCUCAGCCACCAUCGUAUAACGAAGCCGUCGCCAGUACCACCAACGUUAUAAAGCCUGCCUCUUAUGAAAAUUUAAAUAUACUAAAUAAUAGGAUUAAUAGCACAAUUAGUUUUAGUGAAUUGCCGCAAUCGCCCUCCCCGCCUCCUCCUUACACGGACAUGCCGGAUGCCUGAAGUUCCUGAUGUACAUAAUAUGUUGUAAUGUGCAUAUAUUGUAACAUGUUCUGCCUGGCUUUUGUAAAAAAUUCUCAAAGAUUAUGAUAAGGAUGAUGAUGAUGAUGACUUUAUUAUGGCACUUUGUACAGAUGUGGGGGUGUCUCAGUGAAGGCGCCUCACAAGACCUGACACAAUUUGGUCAGGUUUACACUGAGUUCACAAUCAUCACUUGUAACAAUGUCACUUUUCACAUGUAAUAAAUAAUAUUUAAAAUGAAGAAGUCAUUUCCAAAGAGUUGGCAUUCAUGUGGAACUUUUUUGCCCUCGUAAUGCCAUCUCACCAACAAUAUUUGAUAAUUGUGGGGUCACAGUGGCGGUUAAUCAGAUCCACUUUAUGUCCGGCUGACAAAAUGAGCAAAACCUAGACAGAUUUUGUACUCGGAAUAUUGUAGGUCAUCUCUCUAGCAUAUCUUUCAGAUAUUUUCCUACAUGGUAUAUAUUUCUAUUCAUGAACAGGGUAAAAUGGGCGGGGGUAACAUUGUAUCAUCUUUUGUAGAGCAUCGCUGCACAAAGCUUUGAAAAGAAUUUGUAAAAGUUGUAUCUGAGUUGCAUGUAAGAAAAGGCCUGUCUCGACAGGAGCAAAUCAAGCCGGGCAUAUAGCACAAUAUUUCAGCUAUUUUACUCUGCACUUGCCAUGAAUAAAGGCCUGAUAAAAGCGAGAUACGCAAUGUGACAUGAUUAUGUGGAGACAGGCCUAAAGUAAGAAUGGAGUGCUUGUUAUGUAAAGCUUUAACUAAUUGUUGACUGAUUGCAGGAUAUGAAAAGUAUGCAUUUGCCAAUUGGUGUGCCAAUUUGUGGACGAGAUAAAUAUAUGGUUGUCGUGACUUAAGAUUGUGUUCAUACCUGACUGCUGGACUAAAAUGGAGUAUCAACAGAAAGAUAUGAUUUCUUUUACAAGUUUUAAGGUUUUUCCAUUGUUUUAUUAAGUUUAAUGAUUCUAUGUAUAUAAGAUGGCAUUUCUACAACAUGUAACCACUUUUGUAUUCAGUAAACUGUAAAUUAUUCAAGUGAAAAUGUAUUUUUUGCCUGACGAUAUUCUAAAAUCAAGCUUACGACAUUCUGAUAGGAAAUUGACUGGCAUUUCUUUAAGGGAGCAAAAACAUGUUAUCUAACCUGUAAAUAUGGGCCAAAAAGAUCUGCACCCCUCUAUUUUAUCUCGUAAACUAGAUAUUAGAGUAUCUAGAAUGUUUACAUGUGCAUGUAAGUGUAUGACAAUGUAGAAAGUGUUCUGUGUUUGUAAAAGAAGAUAGCUGAUCAUCAAAAUAUGUGGAUUUGAUUUUUGCAGUUGCUUUUGGCAACUUGGAUAUCCAGAGAGGGAGUUUUAUAAAUGAUUGGAGAGAUAUAGUCUGAUAUCAACAAGGUUAUCAUUCGGCUUCACACUUUAACUUCGGUUAACCUCUAAGUAGAAAAGAGAUGAACUGCUCAAUUUGUGCUUGUUCAGCCUGAGCAUUUCUGACCAGUACCUAUGUAUAUGUGUAGCUACGGCAAGUCACGCUCUGUGUGUCUUCAAACAGCUUCAGAUACAGCCACUCCAUGGUAAAAUAUCUGUACUGGAAAUGUAACACCUCCACGACAAGGCAGUCCAAUUGUCUUAAAAACAAAUAAGGCGCUGCCCAAGGAUGAACUUUGAGAAAGUCCCUUGUCACAAUGUAUAUACAUGUAAGUGAACCCUUUUGCAUGUACAGCAUGGAUGCUUUACCUUCAGAUUGACUCCUAUCUGACUACUUCUUUUCUACCAAUGUCAACAAAUGUCCUGUCCUCUCAUUUUAA